UCUUACGCCUAUGCAUUUAUCACGCAUCCCACCUCUUCGAAUCCAUUCGUCCAAAAAAUCCUCUCGGAACCCAAGAUCUUCCAAGAGACCAAGAAUCAAACGUGGGCUCAUCAGCCAUAGCACUCUCCCUCAUGUGCCCUCGAUUGAUCGUGUGAUGUCGGCGGUCAGGUAGUGUUCUGUAGCAGCGACAUCGUCUAUCCGGACUGCCUAGGAAUGACGGUUGUGAAGCGGUAUGUACUGCGUCUGUUCAUAUCCUUGAAGUACAUUACAGCAAACGUGGUGGAUAGAAACAAUGGCCGGAUUGUUACAUCAGCAUCUACAGUUGAACAUUCAAUCAAGGGCUCGCUUGAGUGUGGUCGGUCUUGCAAUGCAAAGGCAGCGUCAGUUGUUGGAGAGGUGUUGGCUAAGAGACUCAAGGUGGAUGGUCUUGACCAGGGGCAGGGACGAGGGAUUCACGUUAAUGUAAAUAAUGAACUUGAGAAGAAGGGUUUUAAGAACCGCACCAAGAUUUGGGCCAUUGUCAAUGCUCUUAAGAACAAUGGAGUCAAACUCGUUCUUGAUGAUAACGAUGAAAAUACAUCUCGACCAAGUUACUAAUAAGAAAUCUCUUGUUUGCA